UCUCUUGAAGCCCGCUUGAGAUAUUAAAAUUCAAAACCCUAGCUAGGUUUUUUCCCCUCUUCCCCAGUCUCACCGUUCGGCACUUUGAAUCGCCAAAAUGUCGCUGUCAAAGAGUUCCAAAAUGCUUCAGUUCAUCAACUACCGGAUGCGGGUCACUAUCCAAGACGGCCGGCAGCUGGUGGGAAAAUUCAUGGCUUUCGAUCGCCACAUGAAUCUCGUCCUCGGCGACUGCGAGGAGUUCCGCAAGCUUCCUCCUGCUAAAGGGAAGAAAAACCCUAGCACCAACGAGGAACGUGAAGAUCGUCGAACGCUUGGCCUUGUUCUUGUCCGUGGAGAAGAGGUUAUCUCUAUGACCGUCGAGGGUCCUCCUCCUCCUGAAGAGUCUCGUUCUAAGUCCGCUGCCGCUAAUGCCGUCCCUGGACCUGGUAUUGGUCGUGCUGCUGGCCGUGGGAUCCCUACCGGUCCUCUCGUUCAAGCGCAGCUGGGUCUUGCUGGCCCGGUUCGUGGCGUUGGUGGUCCGGCUCCUGGGAUGAUGCAGCCCCAGAUUUCACGCCCGCCGAUUCCGCAGCUUUCGGCUCCUCCGAUGUCUUACCCUGCUCCUGGUGGAGGUCCGCCUGUGAUUCGUCCGCCCGGGCAAAUGCCGCCUGGGGCUUACCCUGGUCAGCCACAACAACCUCAGAUGCAACGCGGCCCACCUCCAUCGGUACCGCCACCAGCUUUUGGAGUAAGACCUCCACAGCAAUACCAAGUCCCACCACCACAAUUUGGUCAGAGGCCUAUGGUUCCACCUCCGGGACCAAUGAUGAGAGGCCCCCCUGGUCCGCCACCUCCGAGGCCUGGGAUGCCCGGUCCACCUCCACCACGGCCAGGAAUGCCUCCGCCUGGUGCUGUACCUGUUUUCGGGCCUCCACGCCCUGGAAUGCCACCACCGCCACAAAACCAGCAACAGAAUCAGCAGCAGCAGUAGGAGUGCUUUUGAUUUGGUUGAGGUCUUUAGCCAUUUUGUGACGGAUUUGAAGCAACUGGAAGAGGAGAGUGAGAAGAAAGAAAAUGCUGUGUCACUUGCCAUUUACAAACUGCUGUUCAAUUAUGUCCCCAAAAUCAAAAAGAUAAAUGGUGUUUGAUUAAGUAUCGGAAUAGUCAGGACUGUAUCGGUGGAUGUACAGUUUUUUUUUAUGGGCAUUAGCAUGUACUGCUACUGGUGUGUUUCGGAUUUAUCACUACUUUUUCAAAUGUUUUCUGGAGAUUUAUAUA